AUUAUCUUUCACUUUGGGCUGAAUAAGGUUCUUCGAAACCGGACGUCGGCACUCAGCGGAGCAGAAGAAGUGGGCUUUCAAGACAUGCAGUGCUCACCGCUGCUUUCCUCACGACCUCCGCUUCCUGUAAAGGCCAUCUACCGUCCCUCCCCUUCCGUCGACGAUCGAACCCCCAGCUCCAUGGCUGCUUCCGGACCCAAGUGGGCUCAGAAGACCAUUACUCUCCCUCCCCACAAACGUGGUUGCCAUCUUAUUACCCCCAAGAUAAUGAAGGAAAUUGGACAAGACUUAUCAGAAUUCAACUGUGGCCUCGCUCAUCUUUUCUUGCAACAUACAAGUGCUUCCCUUACCAUCAAUGAGAAUUAUGACUCGGAUGUUCGUGAUGACACUGAAACAUUCCUCAACAAGAUAGUUCCAGAGGGCAGAUCUGCACCUUGGAAACACACAUUGGAAGGCCCUGAUGAUAUGCCAGCACACAUUAAAUCAUCAAUGUUUGGUUGUGCUCUCACAAUUCCAAUUACAAAUGGGCUGCUAAACAUGGGAACUUGGCAGGGAAUAUGGCUGUGUGAGCACCGUGAUGCUCCCACACCACGCAAAGUUGUGGUCACCCUCAAUGGCAUCUGAAGUCCUGGAACAUGAAGUAACUCAGUUUCUUUUUCUCUAUAGAAUUAAAUAUGCUGCUGUCCCAGAGAUGGUUUUGUAAUGAUGGAUGCCUUGCUUCACGGUGAUAAUGAGAUGUUACUCACUCACUCACUUGAAGAACUUGGUUGCAUGAUGUAUUGUUUGUUCUAACUUGAAAAUCUUGUUAUUCUUAAAUUAAG